CGGUAGCUGAGUUUGUGCACUGGGCUGACCCGGCCAUCGGGUUUGUAAAGCACGGCGAACUCGAACGACCGACAUGAUCCUUGAGACGCUCUAUCGAUCGUCUACAUCUUGUGGAAAACUUACCCGAAGAAUAUUUUCUCUGUGACAUUCUAUAUCUUCCUCUUAUCGUAGAUCUUAGAAGCAUGAAACCGUCGGCUGGACCCUCGCGCCCACUUCUGCCAAAGCCCGCUAACGUUGGACAGGGCACGUUGAGAAAUGAUAACCCACCAAUGCAGAGUAACGACGGUGUUCUCAGGUUCAGCCUGACCCUGACGCCCGAGCAUUUCCCCGAUUCGCAUCAGCCUGCUUCAACGAACGGCAUUGUUACCGCUGAGUCUUUCAUCAACUCCCGUGGCAACGAUUUCGAGAGAGUUCGCUACACGCGCCAUACGAUUGGUUCGUUGCGCUGCAGAUUUUGUGAGUCAGUCUGGCCGAGUAAGCGCAGUCUUCUUCUUCACCUUCAAAAACACAGCCGAGAUGCCUCGCGCCAGACUGAUAUCCUGCUUGAAAAGCUGGUCUCGAGCCUGAGCGCGCUUGGGUACGGUAUGAAUGACCCGCCGAGCGCGACACCUUACGGGCAGAACAGAGCGGCGAACGUAACCUUGGAGCAAACUCAAGCCCAUCAAUGGCCCCGAACGCGGCGUAGUUUUCCCGGGCCUGGCCAAACCGAACAACAGACGCAGAUGACGAGCUCUUCCAACAACUUCAGUGUUCCUCCAGGUAACUCUAGCUCAAGUAUCAAGCUGAAUAACUACGCACAGAAGGCGUACCAAACAGGUCAGCGGCUUAUCGCCGGUGACCAUGGACGGGUUGUUAUGAGCCCAAGCAGUGCGGGGCCAUCUUCUCAGAACCCGACAAUUUUCGGUGUUGAAAGCUGCAGCACUGCGCUUAACAACGAGUGGGCGAACCAAAGGCCUGCGCAGCAAGCCACAGCUCUCAAUCCAACGCUCGGUGACAAUGUUCGUGGCACGUCGCUGAAUAACAGCAUUGGGAGAGGGGAAUCUAGUCCUCAAAGCCAACCUGUGACGCCGAACAAGAGACCGUCACAGGCGGAACUCAGGGCCUCCGAUUCUAAGCGCAGCAUUGAAAGACUUGCAGUGGCCCAAGCUAUAUUAAGCCCUCUGCAAUACAUUUUCCUAUCUGCAAAUGACGCACCUGCGGUCUUUUCAGGGAGCGACGUGAUUCGUCCGUCAGCUGAGGAUGUGCCCAGCAUCGAGGGCACCACACCAGGAGUUAACAACAUUGCAAAUAACCAGCUCCUACCCUAUGGAGCACCUACUUCACCGCUUGGUGUUAAAAGGCAGGAUGUUUCACCGCUGUGGAAAAAGUCUGCUCUGCGCAUUUCUGGCACCGAACCGUCACAACCGGAGAAGUCCUUGACGAAUUCCCCGAAGCUUACAAAAGACGCCGACCGCGGCAAUUGUGCCUCGAACUCUGAACAGCGACCCUCGCACGACGAAGUGACUUCCACGCCGUUGCUUACAUCGUGCACUGAAUCUCGCUGGCGUGAAACCUCGAACACAGGCUCGUUUUCACGUACAGGACGCGAGUCAUCAUACGGUGGUGUCAUCGUCACCGAUAUCUCCGCUAAUCAGAGUCAGGGAGACUGGCGCACUGCCUGCGAGGAGGACACAACCAAAGAAGGAAGUUCGGCACAGCAAGGGGAACCGGUAGUCCAAACGGACAGCACAACAGAAAACCCGCCUGCUCUGCCAUUUGCAUUGAAGCCCGUGCUAGACCUCGAAGUUCUCGAGCAAGUCGUGAAGCAAGAGGAAGACGCGGUCCCGGUGUCAUGCCAUUUGGACGUUGCCGAAGAAGAAAGCCCGGACGGACUAGGCAACAAGAACGUCGAUGAACUAUCGUCGGCCCAGUGCGUAGCGGGCCCUGCGUCUGGUGGGGACGUCGUCAUCAACGAAAGUCCGGACCCUGCGUCUGGCGGGGACCCCGUCGCCAACGAGAGUCCGGGACAUCUUUCGAAAGACCACAUCCCCAACAACGCUGAGCUACCGCCGUCUACUCCGAAUGCCGUCCAUGGCAAAGCCGUGCAGCACAAGAGAGGCUUCUCCUGUGACCACGUUGCCAACGGCGCAAAAGCGGCGCAGCGAUCGAAACAUUUUCACGGGAGCUCCCUCGACAAAGCAAAAGCACGUAUCGCCCCGGCAAGCAUCACGGAAUCCGACAACGGCCCAGGUACUUCCCAACCGAAGCGCAUUAGAGCUGUGACCUGGCACCCUCCACAGUACGACCACAACGACAACGGCGCACCUCCCCCGAACGCGGCCAAAGGCGCUGCCCGCCAAAAGUUGGCACAGGCACCGCCAAGCUCCGAGGACAACGAGGAGGCCCCCAAGUCGGCGUUGGGCGGUGGCACUUCCAAGACCUGGCAGUGUCCGUCGUGCUCCAAGGUGCUGUCGUGCAAGUCCAGCCUGGACCGACACCACCAGCUGGUGCACGAAGGGCUCAGGCCGAUGAAAUGCCCUCACUGCACCAAGUCGUUCGGCCUGAACGACUCGCUGCAGAUCCACAUACGCGGCGUGCACACAGGAGAGCGGCCGUUCGGGUGCCACCUGUGUCCCAACGCGUUCUCCAACAGCGCGAGCCUGCACAGGCACCUUAUGUGGCACAACAACGUCCGGAAGUUCGCGUGCCACCUCUGCCCCGGCAAGUUCGUCAUCAAGGAGCACUUGGAGCGUCACGUGCGCAGUCACACCAGGGAGAGGCCAUUCGCGUGCCCACUCUGCCCCAGGCGGCUGGCCACUUCGUACGCCCUCAAAAGACACCGUCUCGCGCACCUCGACGAGUGGCCGCACCAGUGCGAGGUUUGCGGCAAAAAGUUUCGCGAGUUGCGAACCCUUCGGAACCACACUCACUCGAAACACCCGACCGAGAUUAGCUUCGAAUGAAUGGCUGCCCCGCCUCGCGAGAACUUCAGUUGCAGGAUGAUGGGAAAAGAGGACACCAGGACAACGAGUGCUGCUCUUCCAGUUGUUGAAGACCUCACUUGAUCUGAAUUAAUAUUUGUUUCUGCAUUAGGUAAAGUCUACCGGGGACGUACUUACAUUUAUCGCCUCACUCUGAGUUUAACGUG